CACACACACACACCAUUAAUUAAACAUGACUACUACGGCCACCACCAUCCUCCUCCUCCUAGCCCUCUUCUCCGCGUCCCUCAGCCUCAUGAUGGCGGACAUGUCAAUCGUCGAAUAUGAUAACAAUCACCCCUCAAAAUCCAGAACCGACGAAGAAGUGAGGGGUAUUUACAAAAAGUGGAUGAUAGAGAAUGGAAAAGUCUACAACGGAAUUGAGGAAUCCGAAAAGCGUUUCAACAUUUUUAAGGAAAAUUUGGUCUUCAUAGAUACUCAUAACUCCGAGAAUCGGACCUACAAGGUUGGAUUGAACGUGUUUGCCGAUCUGACCGAUGAAGAGUACCGAUCCUACUACCUCGGCAUGAAAUAUGAUGCCGAUCUCCAAUCUGUUCAGUCAGAGCUGGACAGCCAAAGUUAUGCUGCCUCCUCAGCUGAAAAUAUCCCGGUGUCCCUUGAUUGGAGGACGAAGGGCGCCGUAUCACCUAUUAGGAACCAGGGACGAUGCGCAAGUUGUUGGGCUUUCUCGGCGAUUGCAACAGUGGAAAGUAUCAACCAGAUAGUAACGGGACAACUGAUUGAUUUGUCCGAGCAAGAACUUAUCGACUGCGACCGAAGUGUCAACACCGGCUGCAAAACCGGGCGCCAGAUUGAGGCAUUCAAAUUCAUUACUAGAAAUGGUGGUAUAGACACCGAGAAAGACUAUCCUUAUCUAGAAGCCGAUGGCACCUGCAAUGCCACUAAGAUGAAAUCAAAGGUGGUGAGCAUAAACGGUUACAAAGAAGUACUACCGCGCAACAACGAAAUAUAUUUAAUGAUAGCUGUCGCACAACAGCCCAUCAGCGUCGGCAUUGAAGCCUAUGGCAAGGCAUUCAAAAAUUAUGUCUCGGGUAUUUUCACGGGAAACUGCGGAACCUCCCUAGAUCAUGCAGUGGUGGUGGUGGGAUAUGGAAGUGAGAAAGGACUUGAUUAUUGGAUAGUGAAGAAUUCAUGGGGAUUGAAUUGGGGUGAAAGCGGAUAUAUGAGGAUCCAGCGGAACUUUUAUCCAGGUAAAGGAAAAGGGAAAUGUGGCAUAGCAAUGUUUGCCUCUUAUCCCACUAAAACCGGAAAGGCCGGGGUCGGAGGAGACGGUAUCGUUAGUACUGCAUGAACGUACGUACGUUAAAAUAAUUAAGGUGGAGGCCGUCACUUCUUUUGUUUUUGUGUAUUUAAUUAAGUCAUCUUUUAUUAAUAAAAUUAUUAAUUAUGUCA